AUGUCAUUACCGUUGUUACGUCCGUUUGAGACUGUUUCUUUGGAGAAUGCAGUCGAAGACCUUGUUGUCAGAUUCAUUCUCAAUGUUCCCCCGGAAGAUUUAUCAACAGUUGAGCGGGUUCUAUUCCAUUUUGAAGAAGCCUCAUGGUUUUACACUGAUUUCGUUAAACUAAUGAACCCAUAUUUGCCCAAUUUAAGCAUUAAAAGCUUCUCCAAGAUCGUCAUAGACAUCUGUCCUUUGAUUUGGAACUGGGAUAUCACACCAGAAAAUGCACUUGUCAAGUUUUCAAAUUAUAAGAAGACCAUUCCCGUUAGGGGAGCCGCUAUAUUCAACGAUAGUUUGUCAAAGAUAUUAUUGUUGAGAGGUAUCAAUUCAAAACACUGGUCUUUCCCACGAGGUAAAAUUGGUAAAGAUGAAGAUGACGUCGCAUGCUGCAUAAGGGAAGUUAAAGAGGAGACCGGCUUCGAUUUAACCGGAUUCAUUGAUGCUGAUCAAUACGUUGAACGGAACAUGAAUGGUAAAAACUUUAAAAUCUUUCUCGUGAAAGGUGUACCUGAAGACUUUGAGUUUAAACCAGAACACAAAAAUGAAAUUCAAGCCAUUGAAUGGAAAGAUUUCAAAAAAUUGAGCAAGGCAAUCACCAAGAAUGAAGGCAGUGCCAAAGUUUUCUUGGUCAAUUCCAUGAUUAGACCGUUGUCCUUAUACGUUAAAAACGAAAAGAGGGCCAAGGAUGAAAAUAAAUUGAAAUUAUACGCCGAGGAACAUUUGAAAUCCAUUUUAGGAUUGAAUAAGAAGGAGAACAAGAUCGUGCUUGACGCAGGUCGUGAGUUGAUGGAAAUGCUACAAAAAUCUGCAAAAACAGCUCAACAUCAAGCCAGAAACGAGACAUAUGUUGCGGAAAACCCUGUGGUUGAUGUGAAUCAAGCUCGUAGCUUGUUUCCACUUAUGUCCGUCCAAUCUGUUUCUCACUUUUCUUCCAGUAAUAACACCAAUAAUAACAUUGUCAAUGGUACCGGUAUGACGAUAAAUACCACUGGAAAUAAUAAAUUGGACCACGAAAAAUCGUAUUCUACGGAACAAAAUACUGAUUUACAAGCCUCUAGCAAAGAACUACUGGCAUUUUUACACAAAAGUUCUACUGUCAAUGACAAGGAAAGACAAAUUUCAGGCAGUGAUAGCGUUUCGUCAUUCCCAUCUGCUCAUUUCACGGAGUUCACUGAUGAUGAAAACUACGAGGAAUUCGAAAGUUCAUCUGACGAAAGUCAAUACGAAAGCUCUCAAGAACAACUUGGUCAUUCUGACACGGAAUGGGACCCCAACAGAGAUGAUGAGUUAUUAACAGUGAAAGAACCCAAAAGUGUGAAAGAAACACAACCUUCAAAACCUGUCAAACCUGAAACAAAGCAAGGUGCCACAAACAAUCAAAAACCUAUACUUUUGAAACGUCCGGAAUCUCAAAAUAAGGCUAAUAAUAUUGAAUCUCAAACCGUGAAGCCAAAAAUCAGAUUAUUGAGGCGUGGUGACACAUUGGCAUCAGCCACACAGUCUCCCUCCAAUGAAUCUAUUAAAGCAGUCUCUGAGAAACGAAACGAUACAGAAACCACUUCAAACAAAAAUGCAGCCAACGACUUAUUGUCAAUCUUGAAGAAGCCAUCAGAGGACCAACCAAAGAUAAACGAUUCAGAGACACAUUCAAACAGAAGUGUAGCCAAUGAUUUAUUGUCCAUAUUGAAGAAACCAUCGAGAUCAGAAGUACCAGGCGCCGCUUCGUCUCCUUUAUUCACUAAUACCUUUGAGAAUAGUCAAAGUAGUAGUUCGAACGCUUCAGUGGAACAUCAUACUUCUUCCAAUAACGACCGUAAUGGUUCUAAUUUUUCAAAGCAGUUUACUGCCUCACCUGCACUAAACGAACCAUCUCCUAAAAAUGAUGCAAGCGACUUAAUGCAACUACUGAAAAGACCACAACAGAACAGUGAACCUCAAAGUCCAAUAUCAGACCUUUCUCCAGCAAGCAAACCCUCAAAUGAAUUGCUUAAUAUAUUGAAGAAUCCCAAGACCGGCCUAAACUCGCAAAUAUCGGACGAUCCUGUGACACACAACACCCAAUACAAUAGGAUGCCUCCUCUGCAAGUACAGCCUCAACAGCCUUUCCAAAUGCAGCAAAUGCAGCAAAUGAUGCCACCUCCAGGUUAUCCUCCCCAAAAUAUGUCAUAUAUUCCCCAAGGCUUCUCUCCUCAGCAGCAAUUCCAAUAUCAGCAACCGAUUAAUGGAUAUCCUAUGCAACCUCAGCCACUUAACAUGGGACAACCUGCACCAAACCAAGGUUUUACUAAACAGCAAGAACUUUUGAAUAUAUUACACAAGCCAAAUGCUCCUGUUCAAGAAACUCCUUCCAACCCUUCAUCUGAAUUAUUGAGUAUCUUGAAAAGAUGA